AUGUUAUCAUUCAAUGAAACUCUACAAAAGAUUGAAGAGCUGCGUAACCACUGCCCUGGUCUUCGAGAAGGGACUCGUAAAGAUCCAACCUACAUGACUUUCUCUAAUGCUGCAGUCGCCGAUCCCGAUGAAGGAAUGUGGUAUUCAGUAAACAGCAAUCUUGAUACUGUAUACGGAAUUGAUUGUAUCAAUCAAAACAUAUCGAAAGGGCGGUUUGGACUUCCGAUGGUGGUCAUAUGGAUCAAGGAUGCUCGAAAGCAUCACACAUGGGAUGCUGAUUCUGACAAACUUGUCAAGAUCAAGCUCGACAACAUCAUAACCGCGCUUAUAGGUGAGUUUUUAGCUUUAGCAGUCUUGAUGAUUCAAGAUUUGUCUGUCGAUAAGAAUCCUGACGAACAACCUACCCGCGAGAAACGCCGAGUGGUGUCCGGCUCAAAGACCUCUGAGACCUUACAGCGUCCAUCCAAGCAGCUACAAACAGCUUCUACUAGUACCAAGCAAUCGACAAUCAUAGUUUUAUCCUCUGACGAUCAAAAACACCACAAAUCAGACGAUGACAGUGAUCCGGUAUUCAUCGGAGGUACUUUCCUGAAGAAUCUUACCGGAGGUUCUUUCCCGAAGAAACACAAGAUCAUCGAACUGUGCCCUUUAUCAAAACCCGGCGAGAACUGCUCCCAAUGCCAGGUGGAAGACCGCCCUGGAGGCAAAGAUCUUGCUUGCCAUUGUGGUGCCAAAAGAAUCUGGCUAAACGGUGGUCGUGUUAGAGUUGCGAAAAAUCACUGGGCCUCUGAGGCAUGCAAAGAGAAAACUGAUGAUCUCAAGGAGACUACCGAGGUAACAUCUUAUUUUGGAAGGUCGGUAACUGCUAAGAACACGAUUGAAAUCGACUGUCCGGGACUCAACGACGAUACAUGGAAACGAGACCGAGCUGUACAGUCCAUUGCAACCUUCGUCACAAGAUCUUUCUCGAUCUAUCGUGGCAACGUUCGACACGAAAUCUGCCAAGAACUUUUCGGCCAACUUGCUCAAGAGAGCAAGUUGAUUCCUGCUCAGAAAUCUCAAUUGAUCACUACUCUAGAUGCUCGAUCGAAAUGGCAGAUCAAGCGCCACGGAGACCGCAAUUCAAUCUACUCUAGCCAGUGUAGUAAAACUUUCAUGGCCAAGAAAACCAUCAAGAACGCGUAUGCUGAAGCUGAAACGAUGAAGUACGGCCGCGAUAACUACAUGUCAGAUAACAUCAACGCAUUUACACCUACAGUACUAAAGUCUAAAGAUGCACGUCUCUUGUCAACUUCGAUUGAGAAGGCUUCAAAGGGCAAUUUCUCCGAGUUUUGCACGGCUGUUGCAGUCAAAGCUGAACGCGAGAAUGCCGGCAAGACUACCCGAGGUAUGAAGAUUGAUUCGUGCCUCGACAAAUUUGUCAUGACGCUCGGCGCUAUCAGCCCGCGCGCUCUGAAUCUCUUCAACGAUAACUUUGCGGGACGUAGCACUCGAAGUCUCAGAAUGAUCCGAGCCAGAGAAGGAAUGCAACUCCUUGAUGGUAUUCAAUUUGACAAUUUCAAACGUAUCACUCAAGUCUUGAAAGAUCUUGGCUAUUCUGGUCCAGUAGCAGCAGCUUCCAAUCAAACGCUCCCCGAACUGGUAAAAGACGUAAUCAAGAACAAGGAACUUUGUUCUAAAAUACGAGCCUACACUUUACAGGUUCCUUUGCCUAACGUCCCAACAUUUGUAGUGGCACUUAUUGCUAGUUGCUACAAGGAGACUUCAGAAGAUAUACUUGAAAAUCAUAAGAAAUUCUUGGAAUUAUCUCAAGAUGCUGGUAUCAACAUCCUUUCUAUUGGAGCCGAUGGCGCACCGACUGAACUCUGCGCUCAAACUAUGCUUGCGGAAACGGCUACUCAAUAUAUAUCUUACUCAAACCCGACUUAUAACAUACACGUCAAGGUUCCUCUGAUUGGACAUCCACCACGACCAGUAGUGAUGGUCCAAGGCCCGAAGCACGCUCGUAAGACUGGCACUAAUCAGUUGAGCUCUUGA